AUGAUACUAAUAUUCCUCCUACUAUGUAUGAUGUCAUCUAUUUUUUCCAAAUUACUAUACAACCAAGACCAUAAAAUUUGCAAUCCCAAGCAACAGACACCAUUUUUUCCUUUUACUGGAUUCAAGAUAACACGGCAAUACAAGAUAUCUGGUUAUACAUUACCAGUAUCAAUGCAUUUCAUUACCAUCUCCCACUGUAACCAUGGACAGGUAGACUAUCAAAAAGUUAUAAGAACUGACUCUAGUGGGAAUAUUGAUUGGGAUAAACCAUUUUGCAUGCUCAAACCUAAAUUGGGAGAAAUGCUUACUCUACCAGCAAGCGAUGUUAUUGGGGAUCCCGAAGAACAAGAUAAUGACGAGGAGAAUGACGAGUUUUUUGUUGGAGUAUUUGGAUUUAUCAUGUAUAAGGGUAAAAAAAUGUCUAGAUUGUUCCGGAAGAAACUUGAUAUUCAACUUGAGAAAUUCACGAACGGUAGAUGGCUUGAAUAUACUGGCAAAAACAAGUAUUAUCAUCAUAAAGAUUUGAUGUCAAAGGAUCCACAGUCUUCGCUAGAAUGGGAGUCUAGGAAUUUGGUUUGUUAUAAAAUGGCAAGACGAAAGAAGUAUGCCAAACGCAAGAUUGAUUUUUUCAUGCCCCAUACGUUUGUGGGAGGGUUAUUUGAAUGUAUUCUUCCGAUGGAUCUUAAACGACAGAUCUUUCAUCAAUUCACCUCCCUGGAUUUUGUAAUUCAACAAAUCAGGAUUGAAUGUGAUCCAAAUUUAUCACGACCCAUAUCACCUCUCAUAGCCGAGGAUUCUACCACACAAUGGUUUGAAAACAAGUUGCACAACGUUGUGAAUCCCGGCAUUAUUCAAACUAUCCCGUAUUUAACGACCCUGACUCCUUUGAACUUGAGGUUUUCAACUAGUGAAACCCCUGACAUGUUCAGAGACUCGUGGGCAACAAAAAUUGAAGUGAAUGAAAACUACAUAUACCGUGAAGCCGAUUUACACUUAAUAAGUAGGGCAAUAGCUUUAUCUGCAGACUUGUUGAAUAAACUCAUUUCUCCAAUUGACUUCAAUCUGUUGAUUAGACUGUACAACAAAGCAAGUGAAAGAGAGAAUCCUAAUAUUGAACACGAUGAAGAUUUCCUUCAAGGAAUUAAGUGGGAACAAAAAGUCAAUUUGUGGCUUGCAACCAUUGACAGGAAAAUUUCAAAUAAAAUCUUGACUCAGAUAGAAGGCUUCUGGAGUAACAUUGAAGAUUAA